AUGGACGAUGACGAAGACGAUGAGAUAGACGUUGUUGGCUUAGCAGCAAAUAUAAAUUCAUGCGUCUGUGCUGCAAUAUCUGUGUGCCUUAACAUCUAUAUUAUAGUAGCAGUAUUGAAGAGUAGUAUCAAGGAUAAGCUCGGCCUUUACAAGUGGUUGAUGGCUGCAGUGUCUACAUUUGAAGCCGUGUACAGUUUAUUGUCCGCAAUUGGCUGCCCGGCA